AUGUCCGACCUGAGUCACAAUACACUCACCAUGGACGAAACCGCUCCCACCACUGCCCCAAGGGCCUUCACCCUCUUCCCAUUCCUCCCCACCGAGCUCCGCCUCGCAAUCUGGCAAGCCUCCUGCCACCCUCGCAUCCUCGAAAUCCAUUACUGCCCCUCCCAAGACCGAUGCUUCACCCCCUCCAAGCCGCCCGUCAUCCUCUCCGUCUGCCGAGAAUCCCGCCACGAAGCGCUCUCGCGCAUCUACGCCAAAGCUUUCGGGACGCGCACUCACCCUUCUGGAUCCAUCUACUUUGCUCCCGAACUAGACAUCCUUUACAUACCGCGGUAUUACGAAGAGGAAGAGGACUUUCAUCACCACCAGAAAGGAGGACGUGGACUCGAACAAGAACAGAAGGACAGGCAGAGGAGGAUCAUGUCCAUGGGCUACAGCGAGACGGCCCGGGAUUUUGGCCAGUACGUCCUCAACACCACGGAGCUGGUCAAGAACCUGGCGAUCGAUCAUGUCAGACCGGAGAUUAGGAGACCAUGGGAGACGUACAGCAAGUUCUGUCUGAUCAGGAGCUUUCCCAACUUGGAGAGAGCGUUUUUGAUUUUGGAUAACGCCACCACCACCACCACUUCUACGACGACGACAAUACUGGGCCACACAGCAGUGGAAGAAGUGGAGGAAGAGGAAGAUGAGGAAGACCAAAUCGAAUUCAUCGACCCCACCGAAAGCAAGGAAGAAAUCAUGCGACUCAUGGAAAACGUAAGCGCUUCGUUCACCCACGAGGUCGGGGUGGGAGUUACUACACGGUUUGAGGAGGAGAGUGGUGGUGGAAACAGAAACGAUCAUGGAGCUCAGGAACAACAGCAUUUUGAUUGCUGUCUGGAUCAUGCACCGGCAGGGCGAAAAGGCGGGGAUGAGCUGGCGCUGAUACCGAAGACCAAGGUUCAUCAUCAUCACAGUCCUCAUCAGGCCCCAUGGCAGAGUCAUACUUCGUCGUUUGUGUCUUGUGUGUGA